AUGGACUCGGUGGAGAAGGGGGCCGCCACCACCGUGUCCAACCCGCGGGGGCGGCCGUCCCGGGGGCGGCCUCCGAAGCUGCAGCGCAACUCCCGCGGCGGCCCGGGCCGGAGCGUGGAGAAGCCCCCGCACCUGGCGGCCUUAAUCCUGGCCCGCGGCGGCAGCAAGGGCAUCCCUUUGAAGAACAUCAAGCACCUGGCGGGGGUCCCGCUCAUCGGCUGGGUCCUGCGUGCGGCCCUGGACUCGGGGGUCUUCCAGAGUGUGUGGGUUUCAACGGACCAUGAUGAAAUCGAGAAUGUGGCCAAACAAUUUGGUGCACAAGUUCAUCGAAGAAGUUCUGAAGUUUCAAAAGACAGCUCUACCUCAUUAGAUGCCAUCGUAGAAUUUCUUAGUUAUCACAAUGAGGUUGACAUUGUAGGUAAUAUUCAAGCUACUUCUCCAUGUUUACAUCCUACUGACCUUCAAAAAGUUGCAGAAAUGAUUCGAGAAGAAGGAUAUGAUUCUGUUUUCUCUGUUGUGAGGCGCCAUCAAUUUCGAUGGAGUGAAAUUCAGAAAGGAGUUCGUGAAGUGACUGAACCUCUGAAUUUGAAUCCAGCUAAACGACCUCGUCGACAAGAUUGGGAUGGAGAGUUAUAUGAAAAUGGCUCAUUUUAUUUUGCUAAGAGACAUUUGAUAGAGAUGGGUUACUUACAGGGUGGGAAAAUGGCCUACUAUGAAAUGCGUGCUGAGCACAGUGUGGACAUAGACGUGGAUAUUGAUUGGCCUAUUGCAGAACAACGAGUAUUAAGAUAUGGCUAUUUUGGCAAAGAGAAGUUUAAGGAGAUAAAACUUUUGGUUUGCAGUAUUGAUGGAUGUCUCACCAAUGGCCACAUUUAUGUAUCAGGAGACCAAAAAGAAAUAAUAUCUUAUGAUGUAAAAGAUGCUAUUGGCAUAAGUUUAUUAAAGAAAAGUGGUAUUGAGGUGAGAUUAAUCUCAGAAAGGGCCUGUUCAAAGCAGACACUCUCUUCCUUAAAACUGGAUUGCAAAAUGGAAGUCAAUGUACCGGACAAGCUAGCAGUUGUAGAUGAAUGGAGGAAAGAAAUGGGCCUGUGCUGGAAAGAAGUGGCAUAUCUUGGAAAUGAAGUGUCUGAUGAGGAGUGCCUGAAGAAAGUAGGCCUAAGUGCUGUUCCUGCUGAUGCCUGUUCCACAGCCCAGAAGGCUGUCGGGUACAUUUGCAAGUGUAAUGGUGGCCGUGGUGCCCUCCGAGAAUUUGCAGAGCACAUUUUCCUACUAAUGGAAAAGGUUGUUAACUCCUGCCAAAAAUAG